AAGAGCCCCUGGUGGCUGUUGAUACGGAUGGUCUUCAUGCACUCUACCUUUCUACAGACCACAGCAGAGAAGUCUCCGGGAGCCUAUUUCCUGCCCGAGUUUGCACUUUCUCCUCAGGGAAGUUUUCUAGAAGAUACAACAGGGGAGCAGUUUCUCACUUAUCGCUAUGACGACCAGACCUCAAGAAACACUCAUUCAGAUGAAGAGGAAGAUGGCAACUGGGAUGCCUGGGGUGACUGGAGUGACUGCUCCCGGACCUGCGGGGGAGGAGCAUCCUAUUCUCUGCGGAGAUGCUUGACUGGGAGGAAUUGCGAAGGGCAGAAUAUUCGAUACAAGACAUGCAGCAAUCAUGACUGCCCUCCGGACGCGGAAGACUUCAGAGCCCAGCAGUGCUCAGCCUACAAUGAUGUCCAGUAUCAGGGACAUUAUUAUGAAUGGCUUCCACAGUAUAAUGAUUCUGCUGCUCCCUGCGCACUCAAGUGUCACGCGCGGGGACAAAACUUGGUAGUGGAGCUGGCACCCAAGGUGCUGGAUGGAACCCGUUGCAAUGCUGACUCCCUAGACAUGUGUAUCAGUGGCAUCUGCCAGGCUGUGGGCUGCGAUCGGCAACUGGGAAGCAACGCUAAGGUGGACAGCUGUGGAAUCUGUGCUGGCAAUGGCUCCACCUGCAGGCUCGUACGGGGACAGUUGAAGUCAAACGUUUCUCCUGAAAAAAGAGAAGAAAAUGUAAUUGCUGUUCCUUUGGGAAGUCGAAGUGUGAGAGUUACAGUGAAAGGACCUGCCCAUCUCUUUAUUGAAUCAAAAACACUUCAAGGAACCAAAGGAGAACACAGCUUUAACAGCUCUGGAGUCUUUGUUGUAGAAAACACAACAGUUGAAUUUCAGAGGGUCUCAGACAGGAAAACCUUUAAGAUUCCAGGACCUCUGAUGGCUGAUUUCAUCUUCAAGACCAGGUACACUGUGGCCAAAGACAGCAUGGCCCAGUUCUUCUUUUACCAGCCCAUCAGUCAUCAGUGGAGACAAACCGAUUUCUUUCCCUGCACUGUGACAUGUGGAGGAGGUUAUCAGCUCAAUUCUGCUGAAUGUGUGGAUAUCCGCUUGAAGAGGGUUGUUCCUGACCAUUAUUGCCAUUACUAUCCUGAAAAUGUAAAACCAAAACCAAAACUGAAGGAAUGCAGCAUGGAUCCUUGCCCAUCGAGUGAUGGAUUUAAAGAGAUUAUGCCCUAUGACCACUUCCAACCUCUUCCUCGCUGGGAACAUAAUCCUUGGACGUCUUGUUCGGUGUCCUGUGGAGGAGGGAUUCAGAAACGGACCUUUGUGUGUGUGGAGGAAUCCAUGCAUGGAGAGAUACUACAAGUGGAAGAAUGGAAGUGCAUGUAUGCCCCCAAACCCAAGGUUAUGCAAACUUGCAAUCUGUUCGAUUGCCCCAAGUGGAUCGCCAUGGAGUGGUCUCAGUGCACAGUGACUUGUGGCCGAGGGUUACGUUACCGGGUUGUUCUGUGUAUCAACCAUCGUGGCCAGCACGUUGGGGGUUGCAACCCACAACUGAAGUUACACAUCAAAGAGGAAUGUGUCGUUCCCAUCCCGUGUCAUAAACCGAAAGAAAAAGGUCCAGUGGAAGCUACAUUACCUUGGCUGAAACAAGCACAAGAACUAGAAGAGACCAGAAUAGCAACAGAAGAACCAACGUUCAUUCCGGAACCCUGGUCAGCCUGCAGUACCACGUGUGGGCCAGGCGUGCAGGUCCGUGAGGUGAAGUGCCGCGUGCUCCUCACGUUCACGCAGACAGAGACUGAGCUGCCCGAGGAAGAGUGCGAAGGCCCCAGGCUGCCCACUGAACGGCCUUGUCUCCUUGAAGCAUGUGACGAGAGCCCUGCCUCCCGAGAGCCUGAUGUCUCUCUCCGCGAGGACAGUGAGAUGACUUACGACUGGGAGUACGCUGGCUUCACCCCGUGCACGGCAACGUGUUUGGGAGGCCAUCAAGAAGCCAUAAUAGUGUGCUUACACGUCCAGACCAAGCAGACCGUCAAUGACAGCUUGUGUGACAUGGUCCACCGUCCUCCAGCCAUGAUCCAGGCCUGUAACACGGAACCCUGCCCGCCCAGGUGGCACAUGGGCUCUUGGGGCCCCUGCUCAGCUACCUGUGGUGUUGGAACUCAGACCCGAGAUGUGUUCUGCCUGCACCCAGAGGAAUCCCCUGCCCCUCCUGAGGAAUGCAGAGAUGAGAAGCCGCAUGCCUUACAAGCAUGCAAUCAAUUUGAUUGCCCUCCUGGCUGGCAUAUUGAAGAAUGGCAGCAGUGUUCCAGGACAUGUGGCGGGGGGACUCAGAAGCGCAGAGUCACAUGUCGGCAGCUGUUAACAGAUGGCAGCUUUUUGAAUCUCUCCGACGAAUUGUGCCAAGGACCCAAGGCAUCGUCUCAUAAGUCCUGUGCCAGAACAGACUGUCCUCCUCACCUAGCUGUAGGAGACUGGUCGAAGUGUUCUGUCAGUUGUGGUGCUGGAGUCCAGAGAAGAAAGCAGGUGUGUCAAAGGCUGACAGCCAAAGGCCGGCGCGUUCCCCUCGGUGAGAUGAUGUGCAGGGAUCUACCAGGGCUCCCUCUUGUGAGAUCUUGCCAGAUGCCUGCAUGCAGCAAAGUGAAACCAGGGAUGAAGACAAAACUUGAGCAGGGUCCUCAGAUCCUCAGUGUCCAGAGAGUCUACAUUCAGACAAGGGAAGAGAAGCGUAUUAACCUGACCAUCGGUAGCAGAGCCUAUUUGUUGCCCAACACAUCUGUGAUCAUUAAAUGCCCUGUGCGACGAUUCCAGAAAUCUCUGAUCCAGUGGGAGAAGGAUGGCCAUUGUCUGCAGAACUCCAAACGACUUGGCAUCACCAAGUCAGGCUCACUAAAGAUCCACAGUCUUGCAGCCACUGACAUUGGUGUGUACAGGUGCAUUGCAGGCUCUGCACAGGAAACAGUUGUUCUCAAGCUCAUCGGUACUGACAACCGGCUCAUCGCACGCCCAGCCCUCAGAGAGCACAUGAGGGAAUAUCCCGGGAUGGACCACAGCGAAGCCAAUAGUUUAGGAGCCACGUGGCAUAAAAUGCGACAAAUGUGGAGUAACAAAAAUGAGCUUUAUCUGGAGGAUGGCCAAAAUAAUAACCAGCCUUUCUUGAGAGCCCUGUUAGGCCACUGUAGUAAUUCUGCAGGAAACACCCACUCCUGGGAGUUUAAGAAUAAGCAGUUUGAAGCAGCAGUUAAACAGGGAGCAUAUAGCAUGGAUACAGCCCAGUUUGAGGAGCUAAUAAGAAACAUGAGUCAGCUCAUGGAAACCGGAGAAGUCAGCGAUGACCUUGCAUCCCAGGUGAUAUAUCAGCUGGUGGCUGAGUUGGCGAAGACGCAGCCAACACGCAUGCAAUGGAGGGGCAUCCAGGAAGAGGUGCCUCCCGCAGCUCAGCUCAGGGGGGAAACAGGAAGUGUGCCCCAAAACUCAAAUGGGAAAAACUCAGGCAAGCUGACAUUCAAGCCAAAGGGACCUGUUCUCAUAAGGCAAAGCCAACCCCCCUCAGUUUCAUUUAAUAAAACAAUAAAUUCAAGGAUUGGAAAUACGGUAUACAUUACAAAAAAGACGGAGGUCAUCAAUAUACUGUGUGACCUCCUCACCCUCAGUGAGGCCACAUAUACGUGGACCAAGGAUGGAGCACUGUUACAACCCUCAGUAAAAAUAAUUUUGGAUGGAACUGGGAAAAUACAGAUACGGAAUCCAACAAAGAAAGAACAAGGAAUAUAUGAAUGUUCUGUAGCUAAUCAGCACGGUUCAGAUGUGGAAAGAUCUUCUUUGCUCUACGCAGAGGCACCCGUCAUCUUGUCUAUUGAAAGAAAUAUCACCAAACCGGAGCAUAACCAUCUGUCAGUCGUGGUUGGAGGCAUUGUGGAGGCAGCCCUUCGAGCAAAUGUGACAAUCCAAUGUCCUGUAAAAGGUGUCCCUCAGCCUAAUAUAACUUGGUUGAAGAGAGGAGGAUCUCUGAGUGACAAUAUUUCCUUGCUUUUCAAUGGAUCCCUGUUGUUGCAGAAUGUUUCCCUUGAAAAUGAAGGAACCUACAUCUGCACAGCCACCAAUGCUCUUGGCAAGGCAGUGGCAGCAUCUGUACUCCACUUGCUGGAACAAAGAUGGCCAGACGGUCAAAUUGUAUUUCCCAAGGGACAUAAAAAGCGUGUUCUCCAAGCAGCCAACACUGGAACCAAUAGCAGUGACCCAACAAGAGAACCCUUGCCUCAAGAGCCUUUUUGGGAGCCUGGUAACUGGUCACAUUGUUCUGCCACCUGUGGCCACUUGGGAACUCGUGUUCAGAGACCCCAGUGUGUGAUGGUCAAUGGGCAGGAAGUGAGUGAGGCCCUUUGUGAUCACCUCCAGAAGCCGCCAGCCAGGUUUCAGCUCUGUAACAUCCAGGACUGCCCCGCGAGGUGGUUCAUGAGUGUGUGGUCAGAGUGCUCUGUGUCUUGUGGUGAAGGAUUCCACAGUCGGCAAGUAACAUGCAAGCAGAUGAAAGCCAAUGGAACUGUGCAGGUGGUGUCUCCAAGAACAUGUGCCUCUAAAGACCGGCCUCUGGGAAGAAAACCAUGUUCUCGUCAUCCAUGUGUUCAACAGGUCACUGAACCAGGAAGCCAGUGUCCUGGACGUUGCAUGGGUCGUGCCAUGAGGACGCAGCAGCAUCGCACAGCUUGUCAACACCACAACAGCUCUGACUCUGACUGUGAUGACAGAAAGAGACCCACCUUUAGGAGGAACUGCAUGUCAGGGGCCUGCGAUGUGUGCUGGCGCCCAGGCCCUUGGAGGCCCUGUACAGCAGCCUGUGGCAGGGGCUUCCAGUCUCGGAAAGUCGACUGUGUCCACACAAGAAGCUGCAAACCUGUGGCUGAGAGAUACUGUGCGCAGAAAAAGAAGCCAACUUCCUGGCGGCACUGUCUUGGGCCUUCCUGUGAUAGUACGUACCCUGUUCAGACCGCUACAAACAAAGAUGCUGCCAGUCAUGUCAAGAAGGAUAAACCUUUGGAGGGGUCAUGA